GCGACGCGCUGGCCGCGCUGGCCGUGGACGCGCACGCGCGCAACCUGUACUGGAGCGACGCCGCGCGCGCGCUGCUGCUCGUGGCGCGCCUGGACGGCCGCCACCGCUACGUGCUGCGCGACACCGCCCCGCUCGUCGUCACCGCGCUGGCGAUCGACCCGUGGGAGGGCUGGCUGUUCAUGGCGGGCGGCGGCUGGGUGCAGCGUGCGCGCCUGGACGCCUCGGCGCCGGCGCUGCUCUACAACGGGACGGCGCUGACCGACAUAGCUUUGGACCUGCAGGAGAAGUACGUGUACUGGUCGGACACGUGGGACGUGAGCGUGUGGCGCAUGCGCUACGACGGCUCCGAGAAGCUGCGGCUGCUGGCCGGCGCGCCGCUGCGGCACCCCGUGGCCGUCGCCGUGCACCGCGGGCAGCUCUACUGGCUCGACACGAUGCUGAACCAGGGCAGCGUGGUCGCGGCGCCGCUGGCCGACCCGAGCGCGCACCGCGUGCUCGCCGACAACCUGGGCGACAGCCUCAAGGACCUGACGGUGUGGUCGCGCUCGCAGGGCGGGCGCGGCCGCAACCCGUGCGCGCGCGGCGCGGGCUGCGAGGCGCUGUGCCUGUGGGACGGCCGCGCCGCGCGCUGCGCCUGCCCGCACGGCGCGCUGGCCGCCAACGGCCGGAACUGCACGCCGUCCACGUCUUUUUUGAUGUACGCCCGGGUGUCCAUGAUCGACACCAUUCACAUCGACGGCGGCAAAGACCUGAACUCGCCCUACCCACCUAUCGAGAACAAGACGCUGCUGCGGAACGUGAUCGCGCUGGCCUACGAGUACGACACGGCCACGGUGUUCUACUCCGACAUCCAGCGCGCCGCCCUGCACGCCGUGCACUUCAACGGCUCCGACCAUCGCGUGCUGCUGCCGCAGGUGGGCUCGGUGGAGGGCAUGGUGUUCGCGGCGGCGGAGCGCACGCUGUACUGGACGAGCGCGGCGGGCGCGGCGGGCGCGGCGGGCGCGGCGCUGCGGGCGGCGCACGUGCCCGCGCUGCUGCGCGCGCCGCCGGCCGCGCGGGCGCGCCUCGUGCGCACCGUGCUGGCGCUGCGGGAGGGCGACCGGCCGCGGGGCAUCGACUACGACCCGUGUGAAAAGCGCGUGUACUGGACGAACUGGAACGCGUCGCGGCCGUGCAUCGAGCGCGCGCAGUCCAGCGGGCGCGCGCGCCAGGCGCUCGUCACGCGCGACAUCCUCAUGCCCAACGGGCUGGCGCUGGAGCACGCCACGCGCCUGCUGUACUGGGCCGACGCCCGCCUCGACAAGAUCGAGCGCAUGCACUACGACGGCUCGCACCGACAGGUGGUGACGCGGUCGCGCGCGGAGCACCCUUUCGCGGUUGCGGCUGGCGGCGGCUGGGUAGCGUGGACGGACUGGGUGGCGCGCGGAGUGUUCGUGGCCGAGCGAGGGGGGGGCGCCGUGCGCGCUCUGCGCUCCGACGUCCCCCGCCCGUGCGCACUCGUGCUCGUCGCGCCCGACGCACAGACAUGUUCAUCGGACCCCUGCGCAGUGAUGAAUGGCGGGUGUGCAGAAGUGUGCGCGAUUGACGCGAGCGGGCACGCAGCGUGCUCGUGUCGUGCGGGCCGCGUGCUCGCGCGUGACGGCCACGCGUGCGUGCCGCCGAGCAGCGAGUGUGCGCCCGAGCAGUUCGCGUGCGCGGAGGGCCCGUGCUUGCCGGAGCACCUCGUGUGUGACGGCGUGCCGCACUGCAGCGGGGACGUGGACGCCAGCGACGAGGAUUUAUAUUAUUGCACCUCGCGCACGUGCCCGGCGGGAUGGCACGCGUGCGGCGCGGGCGGGCGCUGCGUGGCGGACGGCAACGUGUGCGACGGACACGUGGACUGCGACGACGGCUCCGACGAGGCCGACUGCGACUGCCCGCCGGCCACCUACAAGUGCAGCGACGGCACGUGCGUGGACGUGUCGGCGCGCUGCGACGGGCGCGCGCAGUGCCCCGACGGCUCGGACGAGCGCGCCUGCCCGCCGGGCGCGUGCGCGGGCGCGGCCGCCGUGCGCUGCGCGUCGCGCGAGCAGUGCUACGCGCCCGAGCAGCGCUGCGACGGCCGCGCGCACUGCGCCGACGGCAGCGACGAGGCCGACUGCGGCGCCGAAACGACAAUUCCACCCGACUCCGGCUACGACGUCGAAACUUUCGAGGAGCAGCCCGUGCUGGGCUGCACGAAGGAACAGUUCCAGUGCGGCGGCGACGACGCGAAGGGGGCGGUCGAGUGCGUCCCCAUCGCCUGGCGCUGCGACGGGCGCGCCGACUGCUCCGACGGCUCCGACGAGACGCUGCACUGCCGGCACGCCAACGGCAGCGCGUGCGCGCCGGGCGCGCUGGCGUGCGGCGCGGCGGGCGCCUGCGUGCCGGCCGCGCGCUGCGACGGCGUGGCCGACUGCCCGCGCGCCGAGGACGAGGCCGACUGCGCCUGCGCGCCCGGCGCCUUCCGCUGCGCCGCCGGCGAGCUGUGCCUGCACACGAGCCUGUACUGCGACGGCGACGCGGACUGCGCGGACGGCUCGGACGAGCCCCCGGGCUGCUCGGCGCGCACGCCGGCCGGCGCCGAGCGCGGCAACGCCAGCGACACGUUCGAGGCGCGGCUGUGCGCGGGCGAGCCGGGCGCGCUGUACUGCCGCGGCCGCUGCGUGCCGCGCGCGCGCGUGUGCGACGGCCGCGACGACUGCGCGGACGGCGGCGCCGGCUCCGACGAGGACCCGCUCAUGUGCUCCUCUUUCGCGGCGGCGUUCGGUUCCGCGGUGGAGGCGGCGGUGGCGGGCGCGCAGGGCUGCGCUCGCGGCUCGUGGCGCUGCGGGAACGGCGCCUGCGUGGCGCCCGCCGUGCUGUGCGACGGGGAGGACGACUGCGGCGACUUCACCGACGAGUGGCACUGCAACAUCGACGAGUGUCUCGUACAAAACGGCGAGUGCCCGCACAACUGCACGGACCUGCCCGUGGGUCGCGCGUGCUGGUGUCGAGCUGGCUGGCGACGCGCCGGGCGUGCCUGCGCGGACGUCGACGAGUGUCGGGAGGACCGACCCUGCGAGCACCGCUGCAGAAACACAUUAGGUAGUUACGUUUGUUCCUGCGAGGACGGCUAUCGGCUGAUGGAGGAUCGGUCCAGUUGUACGCCGAUCUCGUCGGUGAACGCGUCGCUGAUCUUCUCCAACCGCUACUACAUCCGGCGCACGUCGCUCGGGGGCGAGGCGAGCACGUCGCUGCUCGUGCACAACCUCACCAACGCGGUGGCGCUGGACGCGCUGUGGGCCGGCGGCUGUCUGCUGUGGAGCGACGUGACGCGUCUGGGCUCGUCCAUCAAGCGCCUGUGCCGCGAGGGGGACGCGCCGGGUGCGGGGGGCCCGGGCGGGGGGGAGGCGCGCGUGGUGGCCGGCGCCACGCUGCAGAACCCGGAUGGGCUGGCGGUGGACUGGGUGGCGCGCAACGUAUACUGGUGCGACAAGGGCACGGACACGGUGGAGGUGGCGCGCCUGGACGGUCGCCACCGCCGCGUGCUGCUGCGCGAGGGCCUGCACGAGCCGCGGGCGCUCGCGCUGCUGCCCUCCGCGGGCUGGCUGUACUGGUCGGACUGGGGCGCGCAGGCGCACAUCGGACGGGCCGGCAUGGACGGGUCGCGGCGCUCGGUGCUGGUGGCGGGGCUGGGCUGGCCCAACGCGCUCACGCUGUCGCUCGCCACCGACGAGCUGUUCUUCGCCGACGCGAGGGACGACUACAUCGCCGUCGCGGACCUCGACGGCUCGCACGUGCGCAUAUUGUUCUCGAGAGAGCGCAUGCCGUGGCUGCGACUGCACCACGUGUUCGCGCUGGCGGUGUGGUCGGGCCGCGUGUACUGGACGGACUGGGAGACGCGCGCGCUGGAGUCCUGUCGCCGCGCCCCCGACCCCGCCUACAACGUGUCGGAGGUGGUGCCGCUGGCCAGCGGCGGCGCCUACCGCUGCCGCACCGAGGCGCACACCGUGCACAAGCCCAUGGACCUGCGUGUGCUGCACCCCGCGCGCCAGCCGCCCGUCCCGCGCCUGACGGCGCUUUGCGAGGAGUUGAACUGCACGGGGCUAUGUCUACUGACGCCGGAGGAGCAGCCGGGUACGGGCGCCGGGGCGCGCUGUGCCUGUCCCGAGCAUUUCGCUCUGGCGGCUGACGGGCGCACCUGCCGACCCAACUGCACGUCAGCGCACUUCGUCUGCCGCACCGCACUCAAGUGCAUCCCAUUCUGGUGGCGCUGUGACACACAGGACGAUUGCGGCGACGGCUCGGACGAGCCGGCUUCGUGCCCGCCGUUCCGCUGCUCCCCGGGCCAGUUCCAGUGCGCCAACGGACGCUGCGUGCACCCGGCGCACAUCUGCGACGGCGCGCAGCAGUGCGGCGACGGCAGCGACGAGCGCGACUGCGACCGCUUCACGUGCCUGGCGUCGCAGUGGAAGUGCGGCGCCGACGCGGCGAGCGGCGCGUCGGCGCGCUGCGUGCCCGCCGCGGCGCGCUGCGACGGCGUGCGCGACUGCGCCGGCGGCGACGACGAGCGCGACUGCCCGCCGCCCACGUGCCCGCCGCACCACUUCCAGUGCGGCACGGGCGCGUGCGUGCCGUCGGUGUGGGUGUGCGACGAGGACGGCGACUGCGGCGACGAGUCGGACGAGGGCGCGCACUGCUCGCAGCGCACGUGCGCGCGCAGCGAGUUCCGCUGCUCGUCGGGGCGCUGCGUGCCGCGCGACUGGCUGUGCGACGGCGAGGCGGACUGCCCGGCGCGCGAGGACGAGGCGCACUGCGAGGCGCGCGCGGCGUGCGAGCCGACGUACUUCCGCUGCGGCGACCUGCGCUGCGUGCCGGGCCGCUGGCGCUGCGACUUCGAGGAGGACUGCCUCGACGGCUCCGACGAGCGGAACUGCACGCCGCGCAACUGCUCCGAGUCGGAAUUCCGGUGCGACAACGGCGAGUGCAUCCGCGGCUCGCUGCGCUGCUCGGGCGCGGCCGACUGCGCGGGCGGCGAGGACGAGCGCGGGUGCGCCGCGCACUGCGGGCCGCGGGCGCGGCUCUGCGCCGUCUCGCGGGAGUGCCUGCUCGAGGAGUGGUGGUGCGACGGCGAGGUGGACUGCUCCGACGGCUCCGACGAGGCGGCGUGCGCGGGCGCCGCGAGCGCCGCCCCGCCCUCCCCCUCCGCCUCCGCCUCCCCCUCCCCCGCGUGCGGCGCGCGGCUGCGCUGCGGCGCGGCGUGCGCGCCGGCCGCGUGGCGCUGCGACGCGCGCCGCGACUGCGCCGGCGGCGCCGACGAGGCCGCCGCGCUGUGUGCGCACACGGCGUGCCCGCCGCCCAUGGUCAGAUGCGGCGACAACACGUGCAUACCUCCGCAGCUGAUGUGCGACGGGUACGAGGACUGCUCCGAUGCGAGCGACGAGAAUCGCUUACUAUGCAGCCGGACGAGCGCCGAGUCCCCGUGCGCGGCGCACGAGCAGCUGUGCGGGGACGGGCGCUGCGUGCCGGCGGGCGCGGCCUGCGCGCCGGAGUCCGGCGGCUGCAGCUGGCGCACGUGUCCGCAGCGCUGCCUGCCCAAGCACGCGCACAACCACACUUGCAAAUGCGUUCCCGGCUACAAGCAACAUCAACUUCCGGACGGCACUCUGAGCUGCGAGGCUACAGGUGAAAAGGCGAAGGUGCUGGUGGCGUCCAACGGCGUGCUCCGUCUGCUGGAGCUCCACAAGCACGACCACGAGCCGCCGCCCAUCGAGCAGUCCGACAACCGCGCGGAGAUCGUGUCGCUGGCGGUGGCGCCGGUGGGCGGCGCGUGGUGGGCGUGGUGGGCCGACGGCGCGGGCCGCGUGCGCCGCGUGCGCCUGCGCAGCGCUGCGCCCGCGCGCGCCAAGCUGACCGCCGCCGCCGCCGCCGCCGCCGCCGAACACGCCGCCGACGCGCUGCCGGCGCUGCCCGACGCGCUGCCGCCGCUGGCCGACGCCGACACCGUCGUGAACGACGGUGGAGAGGUUCGCGGCGUAGCGGUCGACCCGGUGUCGGAGCGACUGUACUGGACCAGCGUGCGCGCCGCGCCGCCCGCCACGCGCGAACACGGCACGGUGGGCGCGCUGCACGUGGCGGCGCUGGACGGGCGGCGCCGCGUCACGCUGUGGCAGCAGGCCGGCGCGGAGCCCGACGACGUGGCCAUCUCCGUGCAGACGGGCGAGGUGUUCUGGUCGGAGCGCGGCGCGUGGGGCGGCGUGCUGCGCGCGCGGCUGGACGGCGGCGGCGUGCGCUGGCUGCUGCGCGCGCGCUCCCGCCGCCCCGCCGCGCUGGCGCUGCAGGCGCCCGCCGCGCGCCUCUUCGUGCUGGACGCCUACUACGCGGCGCUCGACAGCGUCGCGCUGGACGGCUCGGAGCGCGCCACGCACGUGCUGUUCCGCUCCGACCCCGCGGCGGCGCUGCCGCCGCACGUCGACAGGAGCAAAGAGGGCGUGGAAUGGCAACGCGUGAGCAGUCGCACGUGCUUGCGGAUGGCGGUGUGGGAGGAAUCGGUGUGGUGCGCCACCACGCGCGGGCUGCUGGCGCUCCCGCGUCGUCUCCGAGCUAACUCUACGGCGCACGCGCACGUACACGCACACGCGCCGCCGCGACACCGUGCGCCCGUGUCCGCGCUGGCCAUACUGCACCCCGUGCUGUUCCACAUGCUGCCGACCGAGGACCCGUGCGCGGCGACGGCGUGCGCGGCCAGCGCGCUGUGCGUGCGGAGCGCCGCGGGCCGCACGUGCCUGUGUCCCGACGGGCUCCGCGCCACGCAGGCGGCUGACGGGCGGCUCGAGUGCGUCAUAUCGAGCGAAAGCACAAACGCGAGCGCGGCCGGCGGCGCGUGCUCGCUGGGCUGCGGGCCGGGCACGUGCGUGCGCGCGCACGCGGGCGAGGCGUGCGCGUGCCCCGGCGAGUACGCGGGCGCGCGCUGCCAGCACUACCGCUGCGCCGCGCACUGCCACCGCCGCGGCCGCUGCCACCUGGCGGACGAGCGCGCCAACACCACGCACGUCGGCGACGACGACUUGCCCGCGCUGAUGUGCUCGUGCUACGCGGGGCACGGCGGGCCUCGCUGCGAGGCGGACACGUGCGCGCGCGGGCUGGCGGGCGCGAACUGCACCGAGUGCGCCGCGGGCCCCGAGGGCGCGGCCUGCCGGGAGAAGGAGAGGGCUCUGUGCGAGAACUACUGCCUGAACAACGGCUCGUGCGCGGCGGCGGGCGGGCGCGCGCGCUGCUCGUGCGCGGCGGGCUGGCGCGGCGCGCGCUGCGGCGAGGCGGCCGAAUGGGGAUCAUGUGUAGGCUCAUGCGCGCACGGGGGUCGUUGCGUGCGCGGCGCGGGGACCGGGGAGGGAGGCGCGUGCGCGUGCGCCGGCGCCUGGGGCGGCCCGCGCUGCCAGCACUACGUCGGCUACGACCAUGCCUGUCUAUCCGCCGCCUGCCCACCUCCCACCGUCUGCAUCUGGAGACCUUCAAAUAACCCGUCGUGGCCGGGCACGCCGUACUGCGCGUGCGGCGAGGGCCUGCAGUGCGCGGACGCGGGCGGCGCGGCGGCGGAGGGCGCGGGGGGCGCGGGGGGCGCGGCGUGGGGCGCGGGGCUGCUGGCGCUGCUGGCGUUGCUGGCCGCGCUGCUGGCCACCAUGUACGUCGUGCACAGGAGGCGCCACGGCGCGUUCGUGCACGCGCGGCUGGCGGAGGGCGCGGAGGCGCUGGAGAUCAGCAACCCCAUGUACCUCGCCGGGGACGACGACCGCGACCCGCCCGCCACAAACGGCGGCAAUCAUUUCGCGAAUCCGAUAUACGAGAGUAUGUACGCGCCGCAAGACAACAACCCCCCCGAGGAGCAGGCGUCGUUGCUGGAGGCGGCGCCCGAGCGCGCCGCGCUGCUGUGAGCCGACCGGCGGCGACCGACGCCUGGCGCCCGGGCGGAAUCUUAAUACCUCGUGUACCACUCCCUAGUGAUUUUACUUCUUAAAGUACUCGAAUGUUUUGAGGUUGUAAAACGUUAUCAUUUGUAAUGAGAAUCCUUAUCUUUAAGUACAAUUUAAUGUGUUAUGCAAAUCGCAGACUAAGGCACGACUUGGUACAUAAACCAUAUUUUUUAUUAUAUUCUUAAAUGAUUUAUGAAACAACCGUCAUCGAUGUCCGCGUUGAAUAGAGAUCACUUUGACACCUCGCAUAAAUAACUAAUCAACGAUAAGGAAAUGUGCGCAAAUGAACUAAAUUUGCGCACAUGUUUGUGCCAAAUUGAAUUUUCUCUACUUUACUAAACCUAAUACUAAAUCUAAUAUUUAACAUUCGAGAGCAGUCGUUGCUACAGGUAACAUGGGUCGUACAUGCACUCGGACGAUGCUCGCUGUUAAUAUAUAUUUCUUCUUUCGUCUCACUUAAAACGUAACAAAUGACCAAAAAUGAGAUGUUAAUGAUGUAGUGAUCAUGUCAUGUACACAAUUAGGAUAAAUCGUUUAGUUAAGCGCGAACUAUUCUUAUUAUACUUUAGUACUUUAUUACUCUACUGUUUGUUUGUUGUGACUAGUUCAAAUAAAUGCAUAGAAUCAAAUAUGUAGUUAAAUAUAUUCGACUUAGUUCUUAGAAAGUGACGAAGUUUGUGAUGAAUUUGUAAUUUAGAUAGUGGGCAGGUGGUCUCUUUAGAUUUUGUUACGUCAUUAACAAAGUAAUCGGUACAGUCGGCCUGAAAACCGAUUUAGAUCAAGUUCAGUAUCAGAAUUUUAGUCUAAUAAAUUUCGUUCUACGGACCGCUGACGUGAGAUGACAUCUGAAAAUUUGAUUUUCAAACAAAACUUUUAAUAUUAAUGCAACGAAUCAUCGUUUUUGAGGCUGACUGUACUAUUAUAAUUGUAAGUAACAGUAAACGUUGCCAAGUACAGUCGCAUCUUUUUUAAUUAUAAUAAUAAUGUUGACGUUACAAUAUUGUGCCUGUAAUUUUGAUUUUUUGUGAAUAUCUGUAUUCGCACCUGUACCGGUUUUUUUACAUUAUUUUUUAUAUAAACUUAACGUUAAUAAUGAAUCGUCAUUAGAAAAUUAACGAAAAUAAAAGCUCAAACAAGUACGACACUGGUUUAAUUCCUGUGUGUAGUCACGGCCAGUUUAGGGCAAAAUCUUGUUGGCAGCUAACGUAGGUUGUGUUUAUUUAAAAGUAAACGAUCGCACCUGAACUGCUACGUCAUAUCAUUAGAUGUAAUCGAAUCGAAAUCAAUAUUGAACACCGCUAUCGAUUGUGACUUUGUCAUUUUGAACUAUGGACGGACCUACGAACGAAUUUUGUCUCUUUGUGUAAUUUAGGUUUAAGUUAGUAUAAUAAUUCGACGUAAUGCUGUUAAGGUAAACCUAGUAUCCGAAUAAAAGAAAUGCAACAA